AUGACCCACGACAUCAAAGAAGAACUCUUGCCCAGUUCCGAUUCAGAGAUGAAUGAAGUGAAUGGAUCAAGCGAUCAAAAGGAGGACGUACAACUUGUAAUUAACCUGUUGAAACGCAAACUUGAGGAUGCGGACGAAGAACUGAAAGUGAAGGAUAGGCGAAUCGCUGAACUAGAAUCCCUAAUCAAAGUCAAAGAAGAAAAUGGGAUUCAAAUUGUGAGGCUGCCUGGUAUUGAUUUUGAUUUCGAUGCAGCUUUUGAGGAUAUUCCUUCAGCCGGGUCAGAAUGGAUGGUAAUCCAGCGACGUAUCGACGGAACUGUAUCCUUCAACACACUGGAUGCAAUGCAUGAACAUUGGUAUAAGCACGGAUUUGGAAAUCUUGAAGCGGAAUUCUGGUUUGGUUGCGAAAAGCUUCAUAAGUUGACUACAAAUCGCCGGCAUGAAUUGUACAUUCAACUUGUCGAUUUUCAAGAUGCUACUGCCUAUGCGAGAUAUGAUAACUUUGUGGUUGGCAGCGAAGGAGAAGGAUACGCUUUGAAGUCCCUGGGUGAAUACUCGGGAACCGCUGGAGAUGCCAUGUCGCGAUCUGUGAAUAAGAAAUUCAGGCACUACGACUGUUACUAUGGGUGUUUUUUUUUUUUGGAGUUUAAGUUACCGCGUCAUCCGUAA